GUACGCUCGCGCAGUGCAGAGGUGGUGUGCGUUUUUCCUGCGUUACGUUUGUUGCUCUCGCGGACGCCAUUGUUACCAAGCCCAUUCGGUACGACGCUCGGUGAGUUCGCUUCGACUACUGACAGUGCAAACGUGCGCGCGUUGCUCUGUCCAUGGAAACCCGGAAGAGGCAUUGAAGCUUCAUAUUAUGCCGAGAAAAAAGCAAUACUUUUAGGACGGAAGGAGAUGUCUGUCAACUAAAUAACGACUGUUCGACUUUUUCCAUCAGAAAAUCUGCAGCCGCUUCUGCUGCUUACUCCUUUGACAGGUGUCGAACGCGCUCGAGUGAAUUCGAGAGGGAGACUGAAUUUCCGCGUACGCGCAUUCGAAACUUGUACUCCCUUUAAUAGUGAUACCUUAAUUUCUCUCUUCAACCCCCGAGACUUCCCAUUUCCGCAUCCACUCACAUUUAUGUGUUAACAGUGCAGUGUAAGUGCCAGUGCAUUAUGUGAUUGUGUCUCUUAGCAAGGCUAUUUUUUUUCUUCGCCAACCCGGUCACCAUCUCAAAUCAUCUGUCAAGGAUGCAGGGACUGCCGUGUCGGAAAGGGAGGUCCACCCCGUCAUCGUUGCUUCUGCUGCUACUGGCUGUGGCGCUUCUACCCCUCGCGAACGGCGCCUGUGAAUUUCCAGCGAGUUGGGCAGGCGAAUGGUUCUUCUACGAUAAACCAGGUCCUGUCACGGUAAACGCAUCCGUCUUGAACAAGAGAGUUUGCGUGGACAGGGAUGCGGAUGCGUACAUCGUCCGCGAGACUGCGGAAAAUUGUUAUCGCUGCAUGAUCAUCAACGAUCGUCACGAAAAUGUUAUUCAGUUUCGAGAAGCAGGCUGGUGCGUACAGGAAUUAUUGAGUCUUGAGAAAAUGUGCGCAGCCAUCGGUUCCGACGAUGUACUCUACUCUAUGUUCCGACUAGGCGCAAAGCCUAUUCCCUGCCCAUUCUCUGGAGCAUCCUUUACGUUCUCUUAUAACCGAGGAUCUGGCGAGUGCUCCACCCCCAUCAGCCAAGCUGAAAGUUGUACGGACGAGAGCAGACUUCUAUUUAAGUAUCAGGCAUGUCCUGACAUCGCUGGAACGGAAAGCAACACUGAAGAACUACAAUGCCUGGCAACGUGGAAGGACGGACGAAAUAAAUACUUUGUGGGAACUAUAAAGCUUUUUGACAGAAGUGUACUGGGAAACGAAGAAACCUACAGAUGCUUCUUGUACGAGAAGACGACCCACCAUCAGGGAAAAGUUGUCUAUGAACUUGCACAAUCAGGAGAUCCUACUUGUAAUGGCCUAACCUCGGUUUCCGAAGGCUCCAGAACCAUCAAACUCACAAAAGUCGAUAAAGAGCACAGCAGAUGCAAAUAUCCAUCCUGGGUAACUCAGCAUCACGACUGGCACUCUUUGGAUGGUACCAGGACUUAUCAUUUUACUAGUAGAAAUGCUACUCUUAAAAUCAAUUCUCAGGACAACAAUGAGGAAAAAAUUGUUUGUCACAAUUUGGAAAAAUCUUACCUCAAUGAUGUCCAAGCACCCAAGGUGAUGCUUGUAGCUCACAUUACUAGCGGAUGCGACAGUGGUUAUGUCUGCAUGAUUUUCCACAGAAGAGAUGGACAUGUCAUUGAAAUACAACAGUCUAAUCAAAAAGCGAUUAUGCCGGAAGAAGCUUGUACAUUGUUAAAUCCAUCAAAUAUGCCAUACACAACAUUGAUAACAUCGAUACUUCAUCAAAGAAAGUGUCCUUAUCCAGGACGAUACACAAGUCUCGAUUUUGUAUCCACGCACACAUUGCCGAAAUUAUCAAGACGACAGCGGCGUAGUGCCAAAACUUCAAGAGCUGCAGAGCGAAGGAUGUGGCAAGAAGACAACGAAGAAGAAGAAGAUUGUAAAAAUACGGAUAUUCAAAUCGGUUGCAGUUCGACGACCCAAAAUGAAAUGAUUAUUGCCAAUACUUGUAAGCGUAAGGAAUUAGCCUAUUACUGUCACGCCAGCUGGGAAGAGAAAGGGACUUGGUACACGGUCGUAUCGCAAAGGAGUAGCGAGCUCACGACAGGCUUUAGCUCAUUGUUUUGCUUCUCCAUGCGCAUGGCGGAUGCCAUAGACAAAUUGUCGGGAAGAGGUGGUAGACUAGAACAACGUGAACAAGAAUUAUGGCUGUCGAAACCAGCUUCUACUUGCCAGAGAGAUACGACCGAUCAGUGGACUUACGGACUCACUAGUCAAGGAGUCUGCGAGGACUUAACGAAGGCAGCAUCGAGCGCAGCAUCCUCGUCAUCCUUAUCAAGGGUCUCGCUGGUCUUGUCCGCAGGAGCUGCGUUACUUUGUACAUUACUUUCAAGAUGAUGUGUGGCGACGAUUUUAAGCACUAUUUCCUACACUUAAUUAUACGAAAUACACAAUUACACACUCGUACACGUACACAGUUACAUGGAAAUAUUAUGCGACUACGUGGAUAGCCAGAUUGUGCGACUAUUGGGCUGAGUGGUCAACAGUAUUUAUAUUAUAGUAAAGAUCAGCGCCUCUAUUGAUACUAAUAUAAUACUCUAUCUUGGUGAAAAUAUGAUGUCAAUCAAGUCAAAAUCAUUAUUGUUAUUGUGUAACGAAAUACUGUGAACGGACAAGCGUCAAAUUCAAGUCCAAUAGCGUGCCGUUCUUAACUAGAAAAGAGAUAGCGUCACAGGCUGUUGCUUGGCUAUAUCUUACUGAGCUCAAAUUUCUAUGGUUUGUACUUCUUAUUCUGUUACUGUUCUUCCCCGUCGUUAUGAUUAUUAUCUGCAUUUACACUUAGAACGGCAACGCUCCGAGUCUGCGUGUCAUUCAACAAUAUAGUAUACUGGUACGCAUUUUAUAUUUUUAUAUCUUUUAUAAGUUGACGAUUUUUCGUUAGUUUUAUAAUUGGUUGGCUUGUUGUCGAUGAAUUGUAGUUUUCGUGAAUACGUAUCACGAGUAGCAUACGAUAUCCUUUGCUAGCAAAGUAAUUGUGCAAUUGUAAUGGCGCAAUCAUUGUGCCUUGCGAGACAUAUAUACGGAAAGCAAAAGCCAUGCACGCCGUAAAAGCACGCAGCAACAGUCUCUGAACGCGACCAGUUCUAAAGAUUUAGAUAUUGAAAUCGGUGUGUAUUUAAUCGCCAAGCCGCUGUAAAUAUGAUCAGGGUAUAAGUAAUGAAGAUUUCAACUGGUUAAUCACGAGUGAAAAUUGAACUAAAGUCUAAUUUUAAGGCUAGUUAAGUUUAACGGAUAAGUCGAUUAACUAUAACGACAGAUAAAAAGAAAACCAAUUUUUAUUCUUUAGCUAGUUGCAUAUCUGUAUAUAAUAAUUUAAAUAUUGUAUAAAGACUGUUUUUCAAAGGUAAAUUGUAUAUGCUGCCUAAUCGCGUUUGUGGCUGCUAAACGUGCAAAAUCGAGGCACGCGUUCUUGCGAAUUGAAUUCUCAAUUCAAGAUAUUCUUGGAGAUUCGAAUUUUUAAAUUCGCCAAGGAGCCUGUGGCUUAUUGGCAGAGUUAUAAGAUUGGCCUGUACGGUCUUUUUAGAUAAUUUUCAAAAGUCUACUGUACUUAUAAAGUAUGCUGCUUUACGUUUCUACCAUAGAGUUAAUGGAUCUCAACGCGAAACGGGUCUCCUCUUACGAAUAUAUUCAGAUGCACUAUAUUUUCGAAAUUUCGACAAAUGGGGAAACUCUUAACUCGUCACUGGCGUAUUCAAAAUUAUUCAGAGGACGAAAAAAGUAGUUGAUAAUAAAUGGAGGCCUAAACUUCUUCACGUUUAGAACGCAGAA